GAAGGAGGCCUGGAUUCUGAACGAGUCAUUUUGAGGCAAAAGGCAGGAGAACAAUAGACGCCGAUAUCUGUGUUUUGAGCUCUCAACAACGAAGGGAAAUCAGUUGCCUUCACAUUCAUUCUCUUCUUCUUCUUCUUCUUCUUCUUCUUCUUUCCUUUGCUAAAAUCUGAGAUACAAGAGUUUAGAAAAUGAGCGGUACCAUCAAGAAAGUCACCGAUGUUGCCUUCAAAGCAUCCAAAAAUAUCGAUUGGGAUGGCAUGGCCAAGCUUUUGGUCUCCGAUGAAGCUCGAAAGGAGUUCUCAUCCCUUCGCCGAGCCUUCGAGGAGGUUAACUCAGCCCUCCAGACUAAAUUCAGCCAGGAACCAGAGCCCAUAGACUGGGAAUAUUACAGAAAGGGAAUUGGUUCCCGCUUGGUGGACAUGUACAAAGAGGCUUAUGACGGCAUUGAGAUCCCCAAGUUCGUAGACACAGUGACUCCACAGUACAAGCCUAAAUUUGAUGCAUUGCUGGUAGAAUUGAAGGAAGCUGAAGCAAAAUCCCUAAAGGAGUCUGAGCGGUUGGAGAAGGAGAUUGCUGAAGUUCAAGAAAUGAAGAAAAAGAUCUGCACCAUGACUGCUGAUGAAUACUUUGAGAAGCAUCCCGAGCUGAGGAAGAAGUUUGACGAUGAAAUCCGAAAUGACUACUGGGGCUAUUGAUUUGGAAGUUAAGGUUGGUUGAAGAACCAAAGUUUCAGAAUUUAAUUUCAUGAAUCUUCCGGGACUUGUUUUGCUGCAGAUGUUUAGUCAGUAAUAAAACAAACCAGAUAGUUCCUCCGCAAUUUGGUUGCGUUUGCUUUCAAAACCAUGGUGACGAAAUUGAUUAGAGAAACUGAGUCUUUUUUUUUCCUUGAAAUGAUAUUGUGAGAGUUCCAAAUAACUCUUAAGGUACAUUAUCAUGGAGAAUGCAUUUUUUAUAUAAUAAGAUUAUAUUGGCUUUCUCUAUUAUUUUGAGAUCGAUAAA